AUGGAUAUUGAUCUCCUCUGGGUUCUUGGGGGGUGGCUUCUUAUUCCUGAUAAUUGCAUGGCACCAUUGAAGACUUCAAUCUCUCAAAUCUACACAAAGUCUCACCUUUUUCUUCUCUUUGUCAGCCUCAGCCUUCUCUUCAUCUUCCUCCUACUGGUUCACCCUUCUGAUCCUCUAAACCCAUCCAUGGCCUCUUCUCUUCAGUUAUCCACAAAAAGAUCACUUCUUUCUGAUUCUUCUUCCUCUGCUUCAUCGACAAUGAAUUUGAACCCUAAAAAGACCCAGAACUCACAUGCACCUUCUUCAACCUCCACUCGAACAGAGUUUGAAUCUGCUGCUCAUGACGUACCCAGUGGGCCAAACCCAAUAUCAAACAGAAUUGCAUAG